UCUAAAACAAAGUUGCAGCCACCACCCCUUCGUCCAAGGCUCCAAGCCCAGCUGGAAUGAAGACUAGGCGUACGAUCUGAGUAAGUCCAAGGACGAGGUGAUCCGAAUCCCGGUUUGCGCUUGGCAGCCGCAUCGAUCUUGUGCAGAUCAUGGGCGAUGGAGUCUCCAGAACCGGAAACUGCUCACAAAUACUGAAAAACUUCUCCCAGCGCACGGCAGGGCCUAAACUGCAGAUCUUGCGAGUGAACGGGCUCGCCGUCGUCGACGCCGUCCUUGCCGGGAUCCUGGUCGGAAUAGGCACCUACGGACCUCACUAUCAGCACCGCCCCAUCAUCCGCAGCCUAUAUCAUGGAGCCACCACCUUGUUCUUGCCCAUCCUCUCCUAUGUCGUCUCCGAUUCCGCAUCUGCCUAUUCCGCCUUUGGCAAGCCGCAAAUCUACAGCUUCCGGAGCCCUGCUGGUACUGAAGUUCAGUACAGAAUCAUCUGCCGGACAAUUUGGCACAGGUCCCUAGCUGUAAUCUUGGCAGUCCUUGUCCUGAUCGUUGCUAUCAACACGUGUGCAAUAGUCGCCGCUGACGAAAGGGAAGGCCGUCCCAACACGGGCCUCCCUGUGGUACUGCUGGUACGAGCAAUCUGGACAUCCUACCUUGGGCUGCCACUGAUACUGCUCUUCGCUCCGAGGGACCGCAUCUUUCAGUGUCUCGUAUCCUUGAUGUUUGCACUUGUCUACGCCAAAAUCACACUGAGGUGCUGCGCAUUGCAAGAGGCCCGGAGUUCCGUUGCUCUUGGGCGCAACCCCCGUCUUAUCGCCGGAUACAUGAAGCAUCUCCGAGACGGAAUCCAGGGUGGUAUCCGAGCAGCUGACCAUUUCCCUCCUCCACUUAUACUCAUGGGAGAGGACAGGCUUGAGGUGGAGAGGCGGCCUCACGGUUUCGUCUUCAAAAGGAUGGGCGACCAACAAGACGGCAUGAACAACCAUGGCUUGGUGACCAUUGACAGAGUGUGGCGAUCGGACAGCACACUUCUGACGUCAGAGCCGUGGCUCAAAGAAGUAUGCCUGGGGUUCUCAUUGUUCAAGCUGUUGCGGUGUCGAUUUGCAGGCUACACAGCUGCUGAAGCUGGCCUCCCGGAAGCCUACAGCUUCUGCUUACAUUUGCUGCUCAAGGACAGGGAUCAUGAGAGAGCACUUGCGGUCAUCACUGAAGAGCUGUCUUUCCUGCACGCCUACUACUAUUCGUCGACCGCGGUACUCUACUCAAACCGUUGGCUGCCCAUGCUGAACAUCUCUGCCUCGCUCUUGACCAUGAGUUGCUGCUUGUUACUUGCUGGAAUGGUGAUGGCACGGCUUGAGGACUUCAUACUACUACCUCAGGUCAUAUGUCAUGUCUGGUGCGGUCUGCAUUCAUCUGACCAAGACAAGGCUUUCCACAGGAGCUUCGGGAAUCUACUGUGCGAAAUGGUUCCGGUUCUAAUACUCCUUGUGGUAGUUGUGCUCGGUGAGGCAAGGCAUGUUGCUUCCUACAUCUGCUCCAACUGGACCAAAGUAGCCCUCAUCUGUCACUACGUGGUAGAUAACCAUGGUGCAUUGCAGCAAUCUCCUCCUCUCUUGCAGAGUUGGAUCGGGCCUGUGCUGCGAUGCCGGUGCAUGCGGCUGAUGAAGCACUGGGAUGACAGAAUGGACCAGUGCUCGGUGCUGGUGCUCCACUCAAGAACAGAUCCGGUUGCUCUUGGCAUGCGCCUCCUCCGCCUCCCGGACAAAAAGCACAAAGUCAAGGUGCCGAGGGCGGUGACGAAGGCGAUUGUCGAUACAAUCAGAAGCAACAAUGGGCUCCUGACCCAUCCCUCAACAUGUUUGCACCGGAGCCUUGGGGUAGGAGAUGAGGGUAAAUCUAUCUCUGGCCUCAUACUCACGUGGCACAUUGCUACAAGCAUCCUUGGGGUGAGGCACCAACACCACCGGCCUCUCUCUGACGACAUGGUGAUCACUACACACUUGUCAAGGUACUGCGCCUACUUGGUGGCGUACGUGCCGGAACUGCUUCCUGACGACGACGAGUGGUGCAAGAGCCUGUACAGGGCCGUCAAGAAGGACUCCAAGCGCGCUCUUUCUGGCGGCGGGCUAGCAGCGCCGGCGGCAGAGGCUGACUACGACAAGCUGGUGUCGUUGCUGCAGGAAAGAGCGGAGCACGAGGUGCUUAGGGAUGGCCUGAAGCUUGGCAAGGAGCUGGCGGAGCUGCCGGAAGGCGAGGAGGCGGCGUGGAAGUGGCUGGCUAGGUUUUGGGCAGGGAUGAUCUUGUACAUUGCUCCGUCCGACAACCUCACCGGACACGCGCUGGCGAUUGCCCGCGGCGGCGAGCUGAUAACACUAGUCUGGGCGUUGCUCGUGCAUGCCGGGAUCGCCGCUAGGCCCAGCGCAACGGGUCCUCCGGCUACUGCUGACGACACAGUAUGAUGCAUGGUUGCCUACACUCUUAAUUGUUGAUGUUCUGUUUUAUCUACUGUAACUAGAGAAACUGGAUUUGAUUAAUCUGAU